AUUCUCGAUCAGUCGAUCACUUGAGAGUAAAUGAUUAGCCACGUUUGUCGACAGUCACGUGCGGUCAUUGUCUAUUAGCAAACAAAGGAUCAAGAAUAUUAGUUCUCGAUAUACUGUUCAUGCACCAAGUCAAAGAUUAACGGCAUUGUAAUCCUGUUGUCUGCCCCGAGUCAAUCAAUAAACAGGACCUUGACUUUUCUUUCUCCUUUUGUAACGAGCUGAGUUCAAGAUGGAAUCCGUGGUGGUAGCAUCGGUUUGCACCCUCAUUCUCUUCCUGUUUCUUCAGUUUGUCACCUUUCAGGCAUCUAUUGGACCUGAGAGUCCGUUGUCAAUUGGAUGGUUCAAGAGCACUCAUGAGGUAAUCUCGAGCAAGUACCCCACCCCGGUCACCCCCGCCGGGUACACCUUCAGCAUAUGGGGUCUCAUCUACCUCUGGAACUUUGCCUGGAUCAUCUACAUCCUGACGACCUUAUGUCGAUCAAACAGCCGUGGACCAGUCUACCUCAACCCACCUGCGACAACGGUCAUGUUCCUCAACAGCUACAUGAUCAACAAUGUUGCCAACAUCCUGUGGCUAUUCUUGUGGGAUCGGGAGUACCUAACUAGAUCUACGUUAGCUCUCUUUCUGAUCGCACUAACCAUCUACGUAGGGUUGUACAUCAGCCUCACCAAUGUCUACCAGUAUCUGACCGACUUCAAAGACUAUGCAGAAUCUGAUCUUUGGGCCUAUAGAGUCUUGGUGCAUAACGGCCUAGCUAUCUAUGCUACCUGGGCUACAGCUGCAGCCCUCAUCAAUCUAUCAGUAGCACUCAUAUACGAAGCCAUGCUACCAAGCGAUGUCGCCACCUACAUCACCCUGACCACUCUUGCCGUUAUCGUCAUCGUCUACUUUGUCUUUGAGUUGUUUGUCUUCGAUGCCUACACUCGAUACGUCUUCAUGGUGUAUCCGACCUUGAUCUGGGCAUUGGCUGGUAUCAUGGUCGCUAACGAUGAUGACACUAACAGUCCAGUGUUUGUCUACAGCGCCAUUCUCGUCUCAGUCUGUUUCAUCUUCUUCAUCGUCAAGACCGUUCUUAUGAUCAUCCGCAGUCCUGUCUACCUGAUCGUCAAGAUGACCAGAGUCAAUUCGACCACGUAUAAGCAUAUAAUGUAGAAAAAGUGCCGACAGAGUACUUGUUGACCUUUUUUCCCUUUUUAUAUUCUCUAUUUUCUAUACUGCUUUUCAUCCUCCUUUAUCCUCCUCCUCCUUCUUUCCUUCUUCUUCUUCCUCUUCUUUUUCCCUUUUCUUCUUCUUCUUCUUUCUUCUUCUUCUACUUCUACUUUCGUUAUAGAUCAAACGCAACCCUAGUUCCACUGUUCUAACUAUUCGUUUAAUUUCAGGAAUUUUUUAUUUUUCCAAGAAAUGUUUAGGGUAUUGCAUAAUUCAUUAUUUCAGGAAAUGUGAUGAUUUUGGGAAUGCUUAGUGCUUUAUGAAAUACACAAGGAUUAUUUUUAGAAGAUUUUCGUUGAAUUUCCUUGAUUAUCAAGCAGAUUAUAAAACUUUCUUCACGCUCGCUUCACUCUAUUUUAACUGUCAAAAUAAUGUCCACUUUUAUGUCACAUUAUAGAUAUUAAUAUACCACAAUAAUCUGUAAUUUUACUUAUAAAAAAAAAAAGGAAUAUUUCAUGAAAUCAUUCUAAUAAAAUUACACAAUUACAAAAUUAAUGCUCAUAUUAUUGCAGCAUAGAAAACCCACUUAAAGUACAUGAAUGACCUUAUAAUCCGAUUUAACCACAUAUAAAUAUCAAGAGAUGAAAUGCUUAAAUUUCUGAAUAUCAAAGCAACCAAUGUACAAGUAAUUUGUUAACAAAUUUUCGGCAUUACUCCUAUUUGUUUCAGAUCAGUAUGCUCGAUCUGUAAAUGAAAAUCAUAAGAUCAGUAUGCUCGAUCUGUAAUGAAAAUCAUAAGAUCAUAAGUCAGAAAAAAUUGGAACCAGUGGGAUUCGAACCUGCCAUCUACUGCUUUCCGGGCAGCGACUCAACCACCAGGCUAUUCUGGUUCACGGCUAAGCCACGAUGAACUGGAAUUCAAAUACCCUCGAUCCUCUUCUUUCUGACUCAUUAAUAUUCAAAUACCGUCCGCCGUGGACAAUAGAUAGUAAAUUAAGAGGCUUUUAUAGGAGGAAAUUAUAAUUUGUUAACAAAUUUUCGGCAUUACUCCUAUUUGUUUCAGAUCAGUAUGCUCGAUCUGUAAAUGAAAAUCAUAAGAUCAGUAUGCUCGAUCUGUAAUGAAAAUCAUAAGAUCAUAAGUCAGAAAAAAUUGGAACCAGUGGGAUUCGAACCUGCCAUCUACUGCUUUCCGGGCAGCGACUCAACCACCAGGCUAUUCUGGUUCACGGCUAAGCCACGAUGAACUGGAAUUCAAAUACCCUCGAUCCUCUUCUUUCUGACUCAUUAAUAUUCAAAUACCGUCCGCCGUGGACAAUAGAUAGUAAAUUAAGAGGCUUUUAUAGGAGGAAAUUAUAAUUUGUUAACAAAUUUUCGGCAUUACUCCUAUUUGUUUCAGAUCAGUAUGCUCGAUCUGUAAAUGAAAAUCAUAAGAUCAGUAUGCUCGAUCUGUAAUGAAAAUCAUAAGAUCAUAAGUCAGAAAAAAUUGGAACCAGUGGGAUUCGAACCUGCCAUCUACUGCUUUCCGGGCAGCGACUCAACCACCAGGCUAUUCUGGUUCACGGCUAAGCCACGAUGAACUGGAAUUCAAAUACCCUCGAUCCUCUUCUUUCUGACUCAUUAAUAUUCAAAUACCGUCCGCCGUGGACAAUAGAUAGUAAAUUAAGAGGCUUUUAUAGGAGGAAAUUAUAAUUUGUUAACAAAUUUUCGGCAUUACUCCUAUUUGUUUCAGAUCAGUAUGCUCGAUCUGUAAAUGAAAAUCAUAAGAUCAGUAUGCUCGAUCUGUAAUGAAAAUCAUAAGAUCAUAAGUCAGAAAAAAUUGGAACCAGUGGGAUUCGAACCUGCCAUCUACUGCUUUCCGGGCAGCGACUCAACCACCAGGCUAUUCUGGUUCACGGCUAAGCCACGAUGAACUGGAAUUCAAAUACUGGAAUUCAAUGUACAAGUAAUUAUAUAAACGUGAUGGUGAUACUGAGAUUAAUGAAUAAAAUGUGCAUUAAUUUCGAAUUGU